AUGAAGAAGACGUUACUCAUAGUUUUCAUCCACGGGUUCAAGGGAGGUGACGACACCUUUGGCGACAAGGAAGGCUUCACAGCACAGCUCCGCGCAGACCUCGCCGCCCUCCUCCCAAAGAUCAACGUCAACGUCCUCGUCUAUCCCAAAUACGAGACGCGCGGCGACCUAGGAGACUGCGUUAGCCGUUUCCGCGACUGGCUCCUCGAAAAAGUAAUCGACCUGGAAGUCGCAAACAACACCCCCUCGCCAACAGUAGACCCCUCCGUCCGCGUCGUUCUAGCAGGCCACUCCAUGGGCGGCAUUGUCGCCGCCGAGACCGUCAUAGGCCUCACCUCGGAAAAGCCAAUCUACUCUGAAGACGGCGUCGAAAAGGCGGCGGACUCGUCCACCGCAACCUUCAACAGCCUCAUGUUCCCCUACAUCCAGGGCGUCAUCGCCUUCGACACGCCGUACCUGGGCAUCUCCCCCGGCGUCGUCGCCCACGGCGCAGAGGGCCACUACAACACCGCCAACGCCGCCAUGACGCAGCUCAGCGGCCUCGGCACCGCUCUCUGGGGCGCGAAGCAAGCUACUUCUUCACCUUCACGAAACAAAGCACCCGUCGCUGCGCUACCUGCUCCUCCGGCAAACUCCUCACAGCAAGGCGGUGGAUGGGGCUGGGGCAAGAUCGCAAUGGUGGCAGGCUCCGCCGCCGCCGUGGCAGCGAGCGCGGGAGCGGCGUAUUACAACCGCGAACACAUCACCCAGGGCCUGACGUGGGCGACGUCGCACCUCGAGUUCGUCGGGUGUCUCGCAAAGGGCGCGGAGCUGCAGAAGAGGGUGCAGUACAUGGUCAAGCUCAACCGCGAGCUCGACGUCGGCUUCGCGAAUCUGUACACCCGCCUCGGUAAAGCCGCCGGCUCCAAGGAGGUCAGCGUUGUCGGCACGGUGCUGGGUCGGGACCGCACGUUUUGUAACCUGCCGAAGCGGGAUAAUGGUGGGACAUGGAAGCAGGCUGUGAAUGAUGUCGCUACGGAGGAGACGCAGGCGCAUAUGAACAUGUUUGAACCAAAGAUGAACCCGGGGUACGACAGACUCAAGGAAGACGCAGCAACUCUCAUCGCCCAGUGGACGCGAAACGAAUGGUACGAGUCCAGCGAGGAAGACAAGCUCGCCAUCAAGGAGGCGGGCGAGAGCGCUACCGCUUGA